UCUUCGAGGUCUUCGCCUUCUCUUCGAGAUUUCAUCGAUUCCGAUCUCCUCCUUGUUUCAACAGAGCAAUGGCCAAGGAUCCCAUUCGAGUUCUUGUCACCGGUGCCGCUGGACAAAUUGGAUAUGCACUUGUGCCGAUGAUUGCUCGAGGAGUAAUGCUUGGUGCUGACCAGCCUGUAAUCCUCCACAUGCUUGACAUCCCCCCUGCUUCAGAGUCUCUCAAUGGAGUUAAGAUGGAGUUGGUUGAUGCUGCAUUCCCUCUUCUCAAAGGAGUUGUUGCCACUACUGAUGUCGUCGAGGCUUGCACUGGAGUCAAUAUAGCUGUUAUGGUUGGUGGGUUUCCAAGGAAGGAGGGGAUGGAGAGGAAAGAUGUGAUGUCGAAGAAUGUCUCCAUUUACAAAGCUCAAGCCUCUGCCCUUGAGAAGCAUGCUGCUGCAAACUGCAAGGUACUUGUUGUGGCUAAUCCAGCAAAUACUAAUGCGCUGAUCUUGAAGGAGUUUGCACCAUCUAUCCCUGAGAAAAACAUAUCUUGCUUAACAAGACUAGAUCACAACAGGGCUCUGGGUCAAAUAUCUGAGCGUUUGAAUGUUCAAGUUUGUGAUGUUAAGAAUGUGAUCAUAUGGGGAAAUCAUUCUUCCACUCAGUACCCUGAUGUUAACCAUGCAACUGUGAAAACACCUGGUGGAGACAUGCCUGUUCGUCAACUUGUUGCUGAUGAUGAUUGGCUGAAUGAAGAAUUCAUUACUACUGUCCAACAACGUGGUGCAGCAAUUAUUAAAGCCCGAAAGCUGUCCAGCGCAUUAUCUGCUGCAAGUGCUGCUUGCGAUCACAUACGUGAUUGGGUUCUCGGUACUCCUGAGGGUACUUUUGUCUCCAUGGGUGUGUACUCCGAUGGAUCAUAUAAUGUGCCUGCUGGGCUUAUCUAUUCUUUUCCAGUUACUUGUUGUGACGGCAGUGGUCUAUAGUUCAAGGUCUUAGCAUCGAUGAAUUUUCCAAAAAGAAAUUGGAUACUACUGCUGAGGAACUUUCUGAAGAGAAGGCUCUUGCAUAUUCAUG